AUGGGUUUGCACUCAUCCCAGAAGAAGCAUUUCCCCCUGCGGGGGAUUGACGGCGUCGUUCAGCUUUUCGACGCUGAGCUCCGCAAGUCCGAGCCGGACCUGGCCCUCCUCUCUCUGGUCCUGGGCUUCGUCGAGCACUUCCUGGCCGUGAACCGCGUGGUGCCCGUCAACGUUCCCGGCGUGCGUUUCGAGCCGCUGGAGCCCGAGUGCCUCAACUCGUGUUUCCCUACCGUGGAGCUCGGCAUGAUCUCGGCGCUGUACGAGCGCUUCACGGCGCAGAUCCGCGGGGCCGUGGACCUGUCCCAGUACAGGAGGACUGCGGGCGGGUCCAGUCGAGAGCUGGUGAAGAAGGUGUCCGACGUGAUUUGGAACAGCCUCAGUCGCUCGUACUUCAAAGACCGCGCCCACAUCCAGUCUCUCUUCAGCCUCAUCACCGGGACCAAACUGGACAGCUCGGGGGUGGCCUUUGCGGUGGUGGCGGCCUGCCAGGUCCUGGCCCUGAAGGACGUACACCUGGCCUUGUCCGAGGACCACGCCUGGGUCAUCUUCGGCAAGAGCGGCGAAGAGACGGCCGAGGUCACGUGGCACGGCAAGGGCAACGAAGAUCGGCGAGGGCAGACGGUCGCGGCGGGUGUCAACGAGAAGAGUUGGCUCUACUUGAAGGGCUCCUACAUGAAGUGUGACCGCAACAUGGAGGUGGCUUUCAUGGUGUGCGCCAUCAACCCUUCACUGGACCUGCACACCGACAGCUCAGAGCUGCUGCAGCUUCAGCAGAAACUACUGUGGCUCCUCUAUGAACGAGGGGACCUGGACAGGUAUCCUAUGGCAAUGGGGACUCUGGCGGACUUGGAAGACCAGGAUCCGAUGCCGGGCAAGGAGAGCCCACUGGAAAUCCACCUCAAGGCCGUGGGUUCGGCCCAGAAGUAUUACAACAACGAGCACAUCUACCCCUACAUGUACUUGGCCGGCUUCCACUACAGGCACAGGAACGUGCGGGACGCGCUGAGGGCCUGGGCCGACGCCGCCCAGGUCAUGCAGGACUUCAACUACUUCCGCGAGGAUGAGGAGAUCUACAAGGAGUUCUUUGACAUCGCCAACGACGUCAUUCCCACUCUGCUCAAGGAGACGGCCGCCGAGAGUCCCUCGGACGGCGCCGACGCGGGAGAAGCGGAGCAACCGAAGCAGCAGCAGGCCGCGGCUUUCUCGGCACUGCAGGACCCGGAAUGCUUCGCCCACCUGCUAUGCUUCUACGACGGCAUCUGCAAGUGGGAGGAGGGCAGCCCCACGCCGGUGCUGCACGUGGGCUGGGCUACCUACCUGGUCCAGUCCCUCAGCCGCUUCGACGCGCAGGUGCGCCAAAAAGUGUCCAUCAUCAUCAAGGAGCCCGAGUGCCAGGACGAGGACGAUGCGUCCAGCGAGGACCCGUGGGAGGGGCGCAGGCGAGUCCCCCGCAGGGAGUCCAAGCUGGAGGAGCAGAACUCCCCCCUCCCCGCCGCCCCCACCUCCCCGGCCUCCCAGGGGGCGGCCUCCGCGCCCAAGAAAGCGGCAGAGGGCGGCGCCCGCCGCCGCUCGGAGGGGAAGCCGAGGUCGCCCGAUGCGGCGGCGCUCUCCCCUCAACCGCACCACCCGCCCGCCCCCGUGGUGGCCUUCCAGAGCGAGAAGAUGAAGGGCAUGAAGGAGCUGCUGCGUGCCGCCAAGGUCAACUCCAGCGCCAUCAAGCUGCAGCUCACCGCCCAGUCUCAGGUCCAGAUGAAAAGGCAGAAGAGCACGCCGCCGGGCGAUUACUCCUUGUCCUUCAUGAAAAGGCAGCGCAAGUCGCUGUAGGACGCAGACAAACUCGCGCGCGUUCCUUUCAAACGUCCUCCUGCUGCCGUAAACCAGAAGCCUCUCUCUGUGAUUCUUUCACAGCCACUCUGGGGUUCUCAAACAUUACGUAUGUGUGCAAAUAGUUGAAGCCACCAAAUUAUUGCGCUGGCAUAGAAUUUGUAGUCGUUUGACAACAUUGCUUUUGGCUCAUUUGCUUUCGGGAAGGCAACAAAAAAAAAAAACUUGCAGUCAAGACUCUCUGGAGCUUUUUGCUAACAACCCAGGCCAAAUUCAGCACCUCCCCGACAUACAACGAUUGUCUCACUGUCACUUCAGCAUACACGUUGACACCCGUGUACAGGUACUACUUUCCUAUUGGACAAGGCUUCGGCACCUUCUUGUGGCAUCACAAAGAGCACAAAAAAAGCUCGGGCAAUAAGUUGCGAUAGGUUCAUCGGUGAGCGGUUACAUAUCAGACUUCAUGUCACCAAACCAAUUCACGACAUGUUGGAAAGACUGAACGCUGGGAAAGUUCAUUUAGUAUAGUUACUGUGUAACAUUGUCCACUUCCACGUUAAGAAUAGCUUCUUUCUUGCUAGCUUGAUGUUGCCUUAUUUGCUUUUUUUGUUUUGUUUUAGUUUUGACUCAGGUCGCUACGGUAAUAUAGAGGAAAACCCACAAAGAUUUGUUUGCUCAGAACCGCAUGAGGCAGUCCCUCGAUGUUGCGUUCAGUUGUGGUUUGCUCUUUGGAUUUUUAGUUUUUGCAAUUAAGAAAAAUAAAAGAAGUGGAAGCUGA